AAUGAAUACUUUAAAUUAUGAAGUGUUAGGAGAGAAAUUAGACAAUAAUGAAAUCGAAAAAGAGAACUCAUUCACAUAUUAAGAACCUCAUUAUCAAAUUGAUAAAGAGAUGGUAAUGAUUCUGAUUAAAAUGAACUAGUUGGAUGAAUAAUAGGAUGAUAUUCAAUUGUAAGUCUAUUCACCAUAGUAGUUAUUACAAUUUAAAAAACAAAACCCUGUUCAUUUUGAUGAAUUCAUUUUAGAUGAAGAUCCAAAAAAGAAAGUCUGCAUCUAAUGGAAUAAUAUUACUGCUGAAUAAUCUGAACAUCAACAAAUGGGAGAUUUAGAGAGAUUAGCAUUACAAUUAUAAAGACAAAAUCAUAAGAAAUUUUCAUAUCCUAAAGAUUUACCAGCUCCUUCCAAUGUCAAUAAUCAUUUAGAAGAAUUGACAAUGCGUUUUAGUCCCUCUAUAAAAUAAGAUGAUUUUAUUUCUAAUUAUGUAAAAAAAGAUGAUCUACUCAGAAUCAAAGUUGGAUUAUGUGAUGAAAUUUUGAAUGAUGAAGAGACUCUCAAAUUUGAAGAUUGGGUUGAAAAUUUGUGUACAUCAACAAAUUAUGAAUCUCUUAAAGAAAUGGCUAGGAAAUAAAAAGUUAAUAGAUAUCUUGAAAAAAAGCAUAAUCGUACUUAUGAGAGAAAAGUUCAUUAUCACAUUAGACAAAAAGUUGCUGAAGACAGAUUAAGAAUCAAAGGUAGAUUUGUUACUUGGGGUUAAGUAUUAUAUAUAUAUAAUUCAUUAUUUUAGGCCUUAAAAAUGUUAAAUGAAAAAGAUUAGAGGAAAUCUUGGUGUUAAAAUGAUUAUGCUAAAAUCAAAGAGUUAAUGAAUGAAAGAUUUCUAGGAGUCAAAAGCAAGAAUUCACUUAGGUUUUGA